UCUGUUAUUGGGCUGCUCUAGCUCAGGUUGGGGGUCACACUGGUCUCCAUCUGGAAUUGCAUAAACAAACCUCGCUACUGGAAUAAAAUCACAAAUAUGUCGUUUAAUAUAAUGCAAAAGCUGACAAUGCAGUGUCUGAAGGCGGACCAGCCGCUGAUGACCACCGUGCGCAAUGCCAGCAAGAAAACCGGCGGAAGUACGAGGAACAAGAAGGGUCAUGCGAGGCCCAAACAUCGCGGAUGGCGCGUCCAGGAUGGACACUACGUCUCCGAGGGCACCAUACUGGCCACCCAGCUCACCACGCGCUUCCAUCCGGGUUUGAAUGUUGGUUUUGGACGCAACGGAACACUGUUCGCCAUGGAGCACGGCAAGGUUUAUGUGACCUGCGAGGCGAUCGAUCCCAACUGGGACCACACCUGGAUUCAGCGGAACUACGCCGGCCGCCAGGACCAGACCAUCUAUAAGAAGUUCUUUAAUGUUGUGCCCGAAAAUCAGCAUCAGCGAUUUCGUUUAGUCGAGGAAAUCUAGGUUGUUAAAUACAAAAUUCAAACCAAAUAGAAAAUAAUUAUAUAUUUGAACUUUUGGCUGUUAACAGAAUCGGUAUGCUAAACAGCACCUGUUAGAUUAACAUAGCAGUCCGAUUGUUUAUCAGCACUGGUUUGAGCGGAGUUAUAAACCAAAUAUCCCAAAUUUAAGGUGACUUCAGUUGAUAGGGUGUUUUCAACGCUACAUUUGUGUUUAUUAAUUUCGGUGCCUCAUUUAUAUUAAGAGUUUAAAAACAUUCCAGUCUUUUCAUUUUACCACUAAUCAAGCACUAUGUUUCUAAUAAGCCAUCAAAGACAUAAAACAACUGAAACCAAAA